AUGAAUGAAGAAACCGACAAGUUCCCCCUUCAUACCGCCGCGAGGGAAGGAAAUGUCCUCAAGGCGGAAGGCCUCCUCAAAACGGACCCAAGGCUAUUAAAGAAGAAGGAUGACGAUGGUCGAUAUCCCAUCCACUGGGCAGCUUCAUCAAACAACCUGGAAAUACUCACGCUGCUAGCUAAUCAAGCGAGUUUUGAUCCCGACGUGCAAGACGACAGCGGCUGGACGCCUCUCAUGAUCUCUGCCAGUGUUGCCGACAGCGAGGCCGUCCUGAGAGUCCUUAUUCAAAAAGGUGCAGAGGUAAACGAGAAGAAUUCCAACGGACAGACUGCCCUUCACUUUGUGGCAUCCAAGAAGAACAUGGACGUGGCCCGUCUGUUGCUAGGGUCAAAUCCGCCUGCUUCGACCUGCUUCCGUGAUCGACGUGGGCAGUAUCCCAUCCACCGAGCCGCGGCAGUCGGUUCCGUGCCCAUGGUGUUGCUGCUCCUCAAGAAUAAAAGCCCGCUGAAUCCUGCGGAUAGCGAAGGCUACACCCCUCUGCAUCACGCCAUCGCUGAGGGACAUGGCGACGUCGCCAUUGCCUUGCUCAAAGAAGGAGCUGAUUUCACAUUGAAGAACUCGGAUGAUGUUUUGGCUCUGGAUUUGGCACCAGACAAAGAGGCAUGCAUAUAUAUACACUAA